UUUCAAAUUAUAAUAUUUUAUAAAAAGUUAUGGAUUACGACAGCAAUGGCUAUCUAGGGAUGAGAGAUCUUAAAAUAUCUGAACCAAUUUCUCAUCAGAAGAUAGGAUACCUUGAAAUUCUAAUCCAUUGGAUCAUUAUGGUUUGUUAUUAAUAUCAUUUUAGAUUUCUGAGAAAAAUAAUCUCAACACUAAAACCAUAGAAUUAGCUUCAAUACUAAUAAAAAUUUAUAUUUCUAAAAACCAGAUUCAAUAAGAUAGUUUAUAACUUGUAGGAAUAGCCUCUUUAAUGAUUGCAGUUAAAGUAAGCUAUUUUUAAUAUCUUAAUUAAGUUUAAUGAAUGCCAAACCUAAAUUAAUAUGAAUAUAGAUGAUUGUGCAUCAUAAUGUAACUUUGAAUUUAGUUCUACACAAAUUUUAGAGAUGGAAAUGAGUAUUUUAUCACUUGUGGAAUACGAUGUAAAUAUCACAACAAUAACUGAUUAUUACAAUGGACAAACUGUUCAUUCUGACCUUAUUUUAUUUGUUACUCUUGAUUCAGAUUUCCUUUACUAUAAAAAAUAUGAAUUAUUUGAGGCUAUAGAAAAUUUUUAUUCUAAAGAUACAUAAAGCAUUCCAAUAAAAAUUUAAAAUGUAAAUAUUCAACCAAAAAGUAGGUUAUAAAUAAAAUAAAUUAGAAAAUAAACAAUUUAACAAAAAAAGAAAGGAGUGAAAAUUAAAAAAUAUUAAGAAAAAAAAUAUAUAAAAGAAAAAUUAGAAACGCACGAUAAUAAAAAAUUUCAAAUAUUUUGCAGUGAAAAUAUGAUUUCAAUUACAAUUUAUGAUUAAAUUUACCUUAUUGGUGAAGUACAUUUAAACUAUUUGAUCUUCUUUAAUUUUUUCAAACUAAUAUAUUUGUUAGGUAAUCUAAUUAUUCAAAUUUUGAAAUUUUGGAGGUAAACUUUAAGUUCUUUACAAUCUUUAAAUUUAUCUUAAACUGAAAUAUGUUUUAGAUCAUAGAAAUAUAUUAUAUAAAAAAAUUAUAUUAUAGUAAUCUUUUAUUUUUAGUAAUUCUAUAGUAAUAAAUGA